AUGUUGAAGGACGAAUGUCACUCUUUUGCAGGAAAUGAUGAGGAUAUCGGUUAUAUCAAAGAUCUAGAACUAGAAAUAAAUUUGACAACAAACGAGCCAGUGCAAAAGAACUAUGUAUCGGUAGCAAGACCUCUCUACCCGGAAGUAAAACAGUACAUUGAAGAUUUGUUAAAUAACGAGUUUAUAAGAGAGUCAAAAUCAGCUUAUUCAUCACCUGUAGUAUGUAUUCGCAAAAAGGCGACUUUGUGUCGAUUAUAGAGAACUUAACCGUAAGACAGUGCCAGAUAGGCAUCCUAUUCCGCGCAUCCAAGAAACUCGAUAGUUUAGGUGGUGACGCUUGGUUUUAAUGUAUUGGAUCAGGGUAAGGCGUAUCAUCAAGGAUUUGUGAAACCAUCCUGCCGACCGUUAACAGCAUUUGUGACACCCUGGGGGUUAUAUGAAUGGGUAAGAAUUCCAUUCGGUCUUAUGAACGCCCCAGCAAGUUUUCAGAGGUUCAUGGAACAGUGUUUAGGAGAAUUACGUGAUGGAAUUGCCGUUCCUUAUUUGGAUGAUGUGAUCGUAUUUAGUAGAACACUCGACGAACAUGUCGAACACUUACGAACAGUUUUACGUUGCCUAAGAGAACACGGUGUCAAAUUAAAGCAAAGAAAAUGUAUAUUGUUCAAACGUGAAGUCACAUUCCUCGAUUCCGCAGUUGCGAGUCUAAAGAACAAUACUCUUCAUACAAUAGGAGAUCUUCGGAAAAUGCUUGGAUUACUCAGUUACUAUCGUCGUUAUGUACCCAAUUUCGCGCGAAAGGCUAAACCAUUAUACGACCUUGUUACACAAGCAGCAAUAACCGACCCGUGUCAUGAUCAAGAGAAAGGUAACAAAAACACCAGAAAGAAAGGUCAAGUGCCAUCAUCAUUCAAAAUCGCGUGGACUGAGAUACAUCAGACUGUUAGAGAAACUCAUUGACCAUCUGAUAACACCUCCAGUUAUGGCAUAUCCAGAUUAUCAAAAACCCUACAUCGUGCACACUGAUGCCUCGAAAGACGGUCUAGGUGCUGUAUUAUACCAGGAACAGGAAGAGACAAUGCGAGUCAUUGCGUACGCCUCUCGGAGUCUGACGAAUAGAGAAUAUAGAGAUAGAAUUUCUAGCACUAAAAUGGGCAAUCACCGACCACUUCCGUGAUUACUUAUAUUACGCGCCUGAAUUUACGGUUUAUACCGAUAACAAUCCAUUAACAUACGUUUUAACAUCUGCACGACUUAAUGCCACAGGCUUAAGAUGGAUUGGAGAACUGGCCGAUUUUAAGUUCAACAUCCGUUAUCGUCCAGGAAAACUCAAUGGAGACGCCGAUGCAUUGUCCAGUAUGCCUAUGAAUAUUGACGAUUAUAUGAAAACAUGCAGUGAAGAGGUUAAUCGCGACGCUUUCCAAGCGACUGUUUGUGGAGCAAAAGUACAGGUCGAACAGUUUCAAACACCUUUGCUCCUUCCUCCUGAGAUUACUCGAGCGGAUGUUAGUUUAAACCAAGCAUCUAUAAAUUUGAAGACAGCAAAGAAUGACGACGCAGAUAUUGACCACGUCAUAGCACUCAAAAUAGCGAACACGUAUUUGUCUCCUCAUGAAAGAAAGCAGGAAAGCCACACUGUACAGCAGCUGUUAAGAGAAUGA